AUGGCGCCCGCCAUUGGUAUCGAUCUCGGGACCACCUACUCCUGCGUGGGUAUCUUCCGUGAUGACAGAAUCGAAAUCAUUGCCAAUGACCAAGGCAACCGAACAACCCCAUCCUUCGUCGCCUUCACCGACACAGAGCGUCUGAUCGGUGAUGCCGCAAAGAACCAAGUCGCCAUGAACCCCAUCAACACCGUCUUCGAUGCCAAGCGUCUCAUCGGUCGCAAGUUCGCCGACGCGGAGGUCCAGGCCGACAUGAAGCAUUUCCCCUUCAAGAUCAUUGACCGUGCUGGAAAGCCCGUCAUCGAGGUUGAGUUCAAGGGUGAGGUGAAGACAUUCACCCCCGAAGAAAUCUCCUCCAUGGUCUUGGUCAAGAUGCGAGAGACCGCUGAGGCCUACCUUGGUGGAACCGUCAACAACGCCGUCGUCACAGUCCCCGCUUAUUUCAACGAUUCGCAACGUCAGGCCACCAAGGACGCUGGUCUGAUUGCCGGUCUUAACGUUCUCAGAAUCAUCAACGAGCCCACUGCCGCCGCCAUUGCGUACGGUCUUGACAAGAAGGUUGAGGGUGAGCGAAACGUUCUCAUCUUCGAUCUCGGAGGAGGAACUUUCGAUGUUUCACUCCUCACCAUCGAGGAGGGCAUUUUCGAGGUCAAGUCUACUGCUGGUGACACUCACUUGGGUGGUGAGGAUUUCGACAACAGACUCGUCAACCAUUUCGUACAGGAGUUCAAACGGAAACACAAGAAGGGUAAGAGUCUCAAUCUUUUUGACACAUUGGUCUCAGAACAAGUAACUAAUUCAUUCUCGAUUACAGAUCUGUCCAGCAAUGCCCGUGCCCUUCGUCGUCUCCGCACUGCUUGCGAGCGGGCUAAGCGUACUCUCUCUUCCUCUGCACAAACCUCGAUUGAAAUCGACUCCCUAUUCGAGGGUAUCGACUUCUACACCUCCAUCACCCGUGCCCGUUUCGAGGAGCUCUGCCAGGACCUCUUCCGAUCCACCACUCAACCGGUCGACCGCGUCCUCUCCGAUGCCAAGCUCGACAAGUCCAAGGUCCACGAGAUCGUCCUUGUUGGUGGCUCUACCCGUAUCCCCAGAAUCCAAAAGAUGAUCACAGACUACUUCAACGGCAAGGAGCCCAACAAGUCCAUUAACCCCGAUGAGGCUGUUGCCUACGGUGCUGCCGUCCAGGCUGCUAUCCUCUCCGGUGACACUUCAUCCAAGUCUACCAACGAGAUCCUGCUUCUCGAUGUCGCGCCGCUGUCUCUCGGUAUCGAGACCGCUGGUGGCCAGAUGACCAAGCUCAUUCCCCGCAACACCACCAUCCCCACCAAGAAGUCCGAGGUCUUCUCCACUUUCUCCGACAACCAGCCCGGUGUGCUUAUUCAAGUCUUCGAGGGUGAGCGUCAACGAACCAAGGACAACAACCUGUUGGGCAAGUUCGAGCUCACUGGUAUCCCCCCUGCGCCCCGUGGUGUUCCACAAAUCGAGGUUACCUUCGAUCUUGAUGCCAACGGAAUCAUGAACGUCUCUGCUCUUGAGAAGGGCACUGGCAAGUCCAACAAGAUCGUCAUCACCAACGACAAGGGCCGUCUAUCAAAGGAGGAUAUCGAGCGCAUGUUGGCAGAGGCCGAGAAGUACAAGUCCGAGGAUGAGGCUGAAGCCGCACGGAUCAGCGCCAAGAACGGUCUCGAGUCAUAUGCCUACUCGCUCAAGAACACCCUGAGUGAUGCCAAGGUUGACGAGAAGCUCGACGCUGACGAGAAGGAGAAGCUGAAGGCCGAGAUCGACAAGACCGUUGCUUGGUUGGAUGAGAGCCAGCAAGCCACCAAGGAGGAGUACGAGGAACACCAGAAGGAGCUGGAGGCCGUUGCAAAUCCGGUGAUGAUGAAAUUUUAUCAAGGAAGCGAGGGCGGUGCUCCCGGUGGAAUGCCAGGAGGUAUGCCAGGUGGUGGAUUCCCAGGUGGUGCUGGUGGACCAGGAGGUGCUCCUCACGAUGAUGGCCCAACCGUUGAGGAGGUCGACUAA